AUGUCAGAUUUUAGAAACGAGAUACAACAACUCGCAAGGGCAUAUCAGUACCGACUACAUCCUUUUGCUCUUAAAAGGCUUUCUGAGUUUCUGAAAGGACUAGAUUGCGAUGGGGAGACUUCAAGAUCUCUUUUACGGGACCUUUUUGUCCUCCUCAAAAAGAAAUGCAUUGAAGACCGGUUUAUUGAUCAACAAAAAAUAGAUUCAGUUAUAGGCAUGCAGAUGAGUCGGAUAAAAGGUACCGUUGACAAAAGCACUACUUCGUCUGUGCAAAUAGUUCCACUUGAAAGUAUACCAAAGGUUAUCGUUGAUGAGGCAACAGGUCAGAUGAAAGAGGUUCCAGGUGCAGUAGAAGGUAAUCGACUUGGUGUAAUGAAGCAACGUUAUUUAAUGGCUUAUCAUCGGUGCCUUAGAAGCGGCAUUUACCGCAGUGACUUAAAGCAGCGUCUUGUUGGAGAGGAUCUCUUACCGUUAGUUCCGACAACGGCUUUAGAGGGAAUGAAUCCUGAUUUACAAAUUGCUGUACUUGGACUAAUUAGAAAACGAGGACAAGAUAUAUUUCUGGAGGAUUUGAAUGGCCAAGUUAAACUAGAUCGAUUUGAUUGCUAUAAUUUUAAUAUUCACAACUUUAUUUGCAGCGGUUUCUUUGUUGUCGCAACAGGUUUCUAUAAUCAUGGCCUACGAGUCACGUGUAUCAGUUUACCUCCCCCGGAAAAGCGCGUGUUGGCUCGCGAGCUCCUUACACCGUCGUUGGAUUAUUUCGGGUUGUCACCAACAAACUUGGAAAACGCGAUAGCAUCAGAGAAGAUCUCAUACCGUUCUGUAAUUAUCUUUAUCGCACACGUCUUCUUGGAUAGACCAACUACGAUGUCUCAGCUUGUCUAUUUCUUCGAAAAAAUGCAAGACCGUGGAGAGCAAGAUCUUUUAGAGACCACUUUUAUUUUCAUCGGCAAUUUUACCUCAACACCUCUUUCCUAUGGAGAUGUUUCUCAUUUGUUUAGUUCAGCCAAUGGGGAGGAAACCUUUCAGCAUCUGUUUGAAAAUUUAGGGACAUGCAUUGCCUCUUAUGCACCCACUGCGGCACAGCACAGCCAGUUUGUUUUUAUUCCUGGCCCCACCGACUUGACUGCGCUUCAAGGCUUUUUACCUCAGCACCCUCUUACGAAGAGUGCCACUAAAGGCCUAAGAAACAAAUUAAAAAAAGUUAUCUUGGCACCUAACCCAUGCCGUAUUCGUUUUUUCACGCAUGAAAUAGUUGUCUCACGGAGAGAUUACCUCCGUGCAUUCCAUGAUGGUGAGCGAUGCUUUGAUUGGGAACAACACCACCAGAAUGUGGGCGAUGUCGCUGAACCACAAACCACUUCAUUCGAGCGAAUUUCUAAAACGGUCAUUGACGAAGGACAUCUGGCACCUGACUUGGAGGAGCCCAUACUGUGGAAACUCGACGAUUCGUUAAGGCUGCCUGUCCUUCCCCACACACUUAUUCUAUGCGACUCAACUUUACAAUGGGAAUGUUAUUAUAAAGACGUUCACGUAGUCAAUCCUGGCUCCUUUUCAGUGAAUACUACAUUCUUGUGGUACACGCCUGCUGACGGCGAGUGUAUUCUGAGUAACUUAAAGUAA